UCGCUGGUUUUCGCAGCGCGAGCUUCGCUGUCAUGGCUCGCACGAAGCAGACGGCGCGCAAGUCGACGGGCGGCAAGGCCCCGCGCAAGCAGCUGGCCACCAAGGCGGCCCGCAAGAGCGCGCCGGCCACCGGCGGCGUCAAGAAGCCGCACCGCUACCGGCCCGGCACGGUGGCCCUGCGCGAGAUCCGCCGCUACCAGAAGUCCACCGAGCUGCUGAUCCGCAAGCUGCCGUUCCAGCGGCUGGUGCGCGAGAUCGCGCAGGACUUCAAGACCGACCUGCGCUUCCAGAGCUCGGCCGUGAUGGCGCUGCAGGAGGCGUGCGAGGCCUACCUGGUGGGGCUCUUCGAGGACACCAACCUGUGCGCCAUCCACGCCAAGCGCGUCACCAUCAUGCCCAAGGACAUCCAGCUGGCGCGCCGCAUCCGCGGGGAACGGGCUACUCCAGAUGUAAAAAUAGAAAACCUUCAGGAAAGGAACUUUGCCACCAAGUCCAGCAAGAUUCAGCAUAGAUACGGUACCUCCCGCCCCAUCUCCUACAAUCCGGGAGUGGAGUUCGGUGCAACUUCGGUGUCUCCACUGCACGCGGGAGGACAACUUACUUGCACGUUGAAGUUCUUCCAUGAAGUUGAAGGAUUUGAGUCGUCCAGGUUCCCAGGACGUGGCGGGACCGUAAGCACCGCCCCUCGCAUUGAUGCUGACAACUCGGGCUGGGCUCGGUCGGAGACCUCACCGGGCGGAUACUGUGGGUCGGCGGUGUUCCCAAACAGGUCCGACAGAGGAGUAUAUAAACUACCUCGGCGAGUAGUUGUGUUUGUCUGUUCCGGAAACAUGUCUGGACGCGGCAAGGGCGGGAAGGGCCUGGGCAAGGGGGGCGCCAAGCGCCACCGCAAGGUGCUGCGCGACAACAUCCAGGGCAUCACCAAGCCCGCCAUCCGGCGGCUGGCCCGGCGCGGCGGCGUCAAGCGCAUCUCCGGCCUCAUCUACGAGGAGACCCGCGGGGUGCUCAAGGUGUUCCUGGAGAACGUGAUCCGGGACGCCGUCACCUACACGGAGCACGCCAAGCGCAAGACGGUCACGGCCAUGGACGUGGUGUACGCGCUCAAGCGCCAGGGCCGCACCCUCUACGGCUUCGGGGCUGAGCGCCGUACCAUGAGUGCCCUUAGUCUAGCCCUAGUUGUCAUGGCUCGCACGAAGCAGACGGCGCGCAAGUCGACGGGCGGCAAGGCCCCGCGCAAGCAGCUGGCCACCAAGGCGGCCCGCAAGAGCGCGCCGGCCACCGGCGGCGUCAAGAAGCCGCACCGCUACCGGCCCGGCACGGUGGCCCUGCGCGAGAUCCGCCGCUACCAGAAGUCCACCGAGCUGCUGAUCCGCAAGCUGCCGUUCCAGCGGCUGGUGCGCGAGAUCGCGCAGGACUUCAAGACCGACCUGCGCUUCCAGAGCUCGGCCGUGAUGGCGCUGCAGGAGGCGUGCGAGGCCUACCUGGUGGGGCUCUUCGAGGACACCAACCUGUGCGCCAUCCACGCCAAGCGCGUCACCAUCAUGCCUAAGGACAUCCAGCUGGCGCGCCGCAUCCGUGGGGAACGGGCAUAAAGCUUUGUAGCGUUCUCCGUGCACCCUAUCCCAAAGGCUCUUUUCAGAGCCCCUC